GAGAGCUCCGGACCGGAAAGCCAAACGGCUGUGUUGUGACUUUCGACAUCUGAUGGUAAUUUCGGUUUAAUGGAGGCAUUUGAACAAAUACUUUUAUUUCCUCUUACAUUGAAAUGGUAUUUUAAAGAGGCAUCGGUAAAAUGAAUUACUUUUGGAUAACAGUAAUUUUGCACGUGACUGGUGUGUCUGGUGUUUAUACAGAUGGAGUGUCAGUGUCAGUGAAUGAGGGAGAAUCAGUCACUCUAUACACUGAUGUUACAACAGUCCAACAGGAAAAGAUUUCCUGGUAUUUUAAUGACAUUAAACUUGCUGAAAUCACUGGAGGUCAGAGUAAGAUCUGUACAGAUGUUCAGUGUGAUGGGAGAUUCAGAAACAGACUGAUACUGGAUCGUAAAAAUGGAUCUCUGACCAUCAAAGACCCCAGACACACAGACUCUGGAGUCUAUAAACUAAAGAUCACAAAAAACAGCAGAGACCUUGAAAAGAUCUUCAUUGUUACUGUUCACGGUUUUUUCAGUACUGAUACAGAAGGAGAGUCAGCAAUAGUGAUGGAGAGAGAUUCAGUCACUCUACGCACUAAUGUUAAAACCGACCAAAAAGAAAAGAUUAGAUGGUAUUAUUAUGACACUCGCAUCGCUCAGAUCACUGGAGAUCUCAGUAAGACCUGUACAGAUGUUGAGUGUAAUGAAGGUAAUGAGAGAUUCAGAGACAGACUGAAGCUGGAUCAUCAGACUGGAUCUCUGACCAUCACAAACACCAGAGAAGUGGACUCAGGAGUUUAUCGUCUACGUAUCAUCAGCAGUGACACCAUCACUGAAAAGAUCUUCAUUGUUGCUGUAUAUGAUGUUUCUGCAGCAGAACGAGAUGAAAUGAAGAGAAAGUCAGUGAAGAAGGGAGAAUCUGUCACUUUAGAUCCUGGUGAAAUUAAAAACCUGAAUGAUUCGAUGACGUGGUAUUUCAAUGACACUCUCAUCGCUGAAAUCACUGGAGAUCCCAAUAAAACCUGUAAAGAUGGUCAGUGUGAAGACCCUGAUGGACGAUUCAGAGACAGACUGCAUCUGGAUCAUCAGACUGGAUCUCUGACCAUCACAAACACCACAAUCACAGACUCUGGAGAUUAUAGACUACAGAUGAACCGCAGCAGAAUCAGUAUCAUAAGGAGUUUCAGUGUUACUGUCACUGAUUCAAGAGUGUCUUCAGCUGCUAAAGGAGGAGUAUUUGCUGUGGUUGUUGUUGUUGUUGUUCUGUUGUUUACUGCUGCAGCAGUUGCUGCUGGGAUUUACUAUCGCCACAGGAGAUCUACACAAGGACUAAAUGGCAUGUUCAGGCUGCACAGUAACAAUGAGGGGAAUGGUGCACUACACUCAGAAUGGGGUUUAACUGAUGACUGCUGAUAAUGGGACAUCACAGUAGCAUUAGUUCAUAUUUGGGCGACUUGAAAUGUAAGAGGAGCAGAAAAAGAAAAGAUUGAACUGUGAGCAUUUACAGAUAAGAGGUUCUACUCCAGACCAGUUCUGAUGUUUGAUGGUUUGUUUUAAAUGUUUUAUAUUUUAUAUAUGUAUAAUAUUACUGUAAUAAUAUUAAAAACUCCAUAAUCACUGGGAAGAAGGAGACGGGAACAGGCGCACAAUCAAAAUGAAACUUUAAUAAUCAUAAUGGCGCUCAUGGGGACCUGCGGGAACCUGGGGGUAGGACAGACGAGGCGAGAGAAAAGGAGAUGGAAGGAGAGAGGGGAGAGAGGAAAAAUAAAAAAUCCGGUUCCCAGACGCACUGCUGCUCGGCCCUCCACCAGCUGGGUGAUCUCCUCCGUGGUGCCUGGCGGUGGCACUGGACGGCCCUCGGCGACGGCUCCUCUGGUUUUGGGCAGCCGGCAGGAGUCCCCCGUUCCCUGCUCCUCGCCAUUCAGGCGGAUGGCAGCAGGCUCCGGCUCUCUGGCGAACGGCGCCGACUCCUCCGCUCCCUCACGGACGGCAGCCGCCCCUCCAUCGUGGGCGGCCGGCAGGGAGCUCGCCCGUCCCCGGCAACUCGCUCCAGCCCACCGCCUCGAGCGUCCAUGGCGGCCCACAGGGAUCUUCAGCAGCGCGUCCCUCCUUCUCCCGGGUUUCGGCACCACUGUAAUAAUAAAAUCUCCAUACUCAUCGGGAAGAAGGAGGCGGGAACCGGCACACAAUCAAUUGAAACUUUAAUAAUCCAAAAUAAACAUAAAACAGCGCACCAGCCCCUCACGGACGACUUGUGCGCAUAAAUAAAAAGCAAAACAUAAAAUAAUGGCCCAGGCCUGGUCCUCUCUCCUCCUUCACUAUAGUCGCUCCCGUUUUAUAUCCUUCCAUCUCCUACGUGGGACUCGAUACUGGCGGUGGGGCGCAGGUGCAGCUCACCUCCAAUCACUACACCUGGCCUCACUCCUCGUUCCCACGUCUCUCUGCCCCGCCCCACUCGUCACAAUUACAUUAUUCCUUCUGUUUUGUUUCCAAAAAUGUGUAUAAUUUUUUUUCUACCAAGCUUAUGCAUGCACUUUCUUUCAGUUCUGUUGCCUUAAGGUAAAGUUCACUACUUUAUUACUUUACAUUAUCUGUCCAUUAUAGAAAUUUCGAUUAGAAAAUUAAAAUUUGUGUUGUUAAUAUAGAGGUUUGUUUUGUCAGUCUCCUUCAGUUAUGUUUAAAAAACCAUGAAAUAUGUCUGUUGCAUUUGUUCAUUUUUGUAUUUUCUUUUGUUGUAUGUUUGUGUUUGAAUGUUAUGAUAUAAUCACUGUGUGAUUGAAAUAAUCACCUUCUCUCGAAUCUUCUACAUGCUCAGUCUGAGUCUAUCACCUCAUUCCAGGACAGAAAUAAUAUGUUUGACACCUGUUAUGAACAUCAUCUGUUUUUUCUGAACAAUGGUAGACCUAAUUGUGCAACCGUCUAUUAUUUCUCAGGUUUGUCCUGUUUGAUGUGGAUCAUGAGAUCUGUUCCCAGAGAUUUUGUAUUUUUUUAUUAUCCAAGGAAAACAACAUGUAUUCCAUUUUUUAACAACUGUUUUGUACUGGAGAUUAAUGUGAAUGUUUGUUUGCACAUAUGACACAUGCUAUUAAAUAUACUCUACUAACUGA